AUGACUCACAGCACUCUGUCCCCUCCGAAUAUCAAUCGGUUGGGUGACAGCGUUAUUGGCGGUGUGGUGCAACGUACAAGACCAGUGUACAACAGGACAUUUGCCAUGGACAAGACCAGCCCUGACCGUCAAAAUCAGACGAUCUCCAUGCCCUGCUUCAAAGCACUGACGCGCACACCUAUCGUCUCAAGCCGUAUCAGCCAAGAAUCGACCUCUACGAUGGACCUCAAAAGUAUUUCGGAGCUGUUGGCCGAAGCCAAAAUCGAGCUCCGCCGACAGCAACGACGAGUGAACACAGCUCGAUACAGAAAGAGACAAAAUGUCAAAGCUAUUAAGCUGGAAGAAGAUAUCCGAUCUCUCCACGAAGGAGUAGAUGAGCUCGAGUUACAGCGUCGACUCAUUGCUGCUGGAGUGCCGCUGACAAACACACUCUGGAACGUUGCGGCGGAGUACUUUCGCCUUUUUCGCAACGGAUACAUGCCAGCAGUGUCCGUGUCGAAUAAAUUUACCAACAAUUACAACGGAGAUAAAAAUGGAUCGUAUGUUCAGCAAGACUUUCUCAGGGAUACCACGUCGCCAAACAUUGUGUGCGGUGGCGUGGUUGGUGUUGAAGCGCUACUUGAACAUUGGCGAGCCACGUCCUCGUACUUUCCAGACAUCGAAGUGGGACUUGUGCGUCUAGAGCAAAAAUAUCGGGGUAUGCUACUCGCCACCACGAGAACGAAGUUCACAAUUACUGAACACUCUUUGCGUCGCUGCUUUCCACACCUGAUCAAUUACCGCGAUAUGUGGACCAAGCUACUGAACCAGCAGCUUGUCAUCCGCGGAGAGGUGUGCUUUAAGUGGGAAGCCGACAACCACUGCGUCAUCGAAUUGCUACAAAGAGGGGAUUUACUCACACCGGUGCUGAAGCUUGUAGGCAGCCUAGAGGAUGUAGCACUAGUAUUUGACAAGGCUGGUAUCAGUCCCGAGUGUCAACUGCAGUAG